AUGAUAGUAUUUCGCGGGUUGAGGCCCGGCGUGCGAGCAGGAAGGUCUGCGAUCCCCAAGCUACAAAGAUGUCAGUCAUCUUUCACAUUCUCUACUAAUAAACUGUUGAUGCAAAAGGAGCAGUUGAAGGACGAGAAACGGAAAAACCGAAGAGGCGAGGCGAAAGGCGAGGAGCUGGCCGCAGAAAAAGACGGCAAGAAGCGCAUGGCCUCAGAACUGCGCGGCAAACAGAGGAAAACUGACUUUUCGUGGCUUCCCAAGGCACCAUCUACUGACCACUUGAAGCACCGCGAUGUGAGCACGACGCUGCUGUAUUCCGGAUAUAGGCCCUUCGUGCUGAACUCUUCAGAGCAAAAGCAGACGGAUAGUACACUGUACGAGUUUGCGAUGAAGCUAGAGGCGCUAGGCGAUCCGCUUCCUUGGAUCUCUUCAGCCACCGGGACCGAGUUUUACGGCGAGUGGGACAACAUCCCCGCGGACGUGAUCAAGAAACUGAGACCUUUUCAGCCCCCUACGGAUGACCCGGCAGCCAAGGACAAGGAGGCACUGAAGCUCCUGCAGAAGGAGAUAGUGCAAAAAGAGAAGGACAAGCUGAUAAAUAGAGCUAAGGGUCGGAAAAAGCCGAUUCUGAAGCUCCUGCAGCUAAGCAAGAAAAUAGGAAGCGAGAACGGGAACUAA